UUAAUGACAGAGAAUGAUAUCGAGCGAAGGCAAGGAAGUUUAAGUAAAUUUAAAUUAAUAGUUUGAAAGAACUGAAGCAAAAACUUCUUUGAUCUAAGUAACUUUCGUCUUUCUUAGCCUCCGUGUCAUCUGGUCAUUGCACUUUUUGUAAUGGAUAAGACGACUAUAAGCCACCACGCGUCAAUUAAAAUCACGCGUUUUUGUAUGACCGGAAUCGGUAUGUGGACGUCGGAAAAUCCUCGAGACAAAAUUAUUUCAAAUAUUAUUCUGAGUUACACUAUUGCAACAACAAUAAUUGCACUUAUUGUUGAAGGAUUCGACUGUUAUCAUUGUUUAGGUGACUUACACGCUAUUUCUUACACAGCACCUUGUACAAUUACUGUAAUUAUCGAGCUAUUCAAGUUGACAAAAUUUGUUAUCAACCGAAGUGAAGUGCUGGCUUUUAAUGACUACACAUAUCGCACAUUUUGGAGCAUCACAUACAACGAUUCAGAGCGUAGAAUUUUGGAUAGUUGUAACAAUAAAAGUAUCAAGAUAAUAGUCGUUUAUAUUAUUAUACUACAACUUAUUGCUUGGGAAUAUUUGAGUAUUCCAAUAAUCGAAUCCUAUGGAAAAAAUACUUCUGAAAGAAGUUUACCUUUUAAUUUAUGGUUUACAUUUUUUCCAUUUAAAGAAACGCCUUAUUAUGAAAUAUGUUUUACCUUACAAUCAGCAGCAACAUUGAGUGUUUGUAUCUGUGCAACAACAUUCGCAACAUUUUUAUUCACAAUAAACCUUUACGUUACUGGACAGUUCAAAAUACUGCAACGAAGAUUGGAAACAGCUUGUCAAACUAAAAAUAUUGAAAAAAUAGAAUCAAUUAAACAAAUAAAAUUAAUUGUUGAAGAAUCGUAUACUAACCUUCAGAAGUGCAUCGAACUACAUCAACUACUCAUCCUGUAUAUUGAAAGAAUAGAAAAUCUAUACUGCCAAAUAAUGUUGGUCCAAACACUGGGCAGCGUAUUGCAGAUCUGUUUCUCUGGAUUUCAAAUUUUAUUGGGAGUCGACAAUUCAAUUCUUCGAACGAUGCUGAGUAUAGUUUUUCUAAGUGGAUCCAUCAGCCAACUCCUUUUAUACUCCUGGUCAUGUCAUGAGAUCAUCGUCGAGAGUCUAGAAGUCGCUGAAGCUGCUUAUCGAGCGUACUGGUAUAAUUUGAGCUGGUCCAAGUAUGGAAAGUCUUACAGACAAGCUUUGUUGAUUAUUAUUGCGAGAUCCAGGAGACCUUGUGUUCUGACUGUUGGAAAAUUUGUACCUGUGUCUCUGGAAACAUUUACUUCAGUGUUUAAUACUUCGCUAUCAUACUUUACAAUUUUACGCCAAAUGAACGAAGAAAUAGAAGAUAAUUGACAGAUGUCUGAUAAAAAUCAAUCCGUAAUUAUUACUUGUCAUCUUAUCGGAAAUAUUGGCAAGCAUUUUAUACUUAGCUACAAUUCAGAUUCACUAGAAUUUCAAUUCCAAAAAAUACUGAUAAGAAUUAUUAAUCUAAAAAUUAAUUGUCAUUUAUUUUUUAAUGGGCUAUUACUCAAUUGUACACUGUAAAAAGUUUGUUGGCCCCGGUGUAGUCGAAAUGAGUUGGUGUAAAAAUUUUCGUGUGAAAAUUACACCGAAAACCGUGUUAAAUUUAGAGGGAGUGAAUUAAAUAUUGCGUUCAAAAAUUAAAUAUUGACUCUA